GAAGAGAGGGGAUCCCCGGGAUUUUUACACCGAAGCCAGCUAAAUACCGACACCAAACAUCUGAAAAUCGCGGGGGAACUCGGUUAAGCUCCUCCUAGACUUCGGUGAGAGCAGCCAUGUCAGAGGAGGCAGUGCGACAAACGCGCAGCCAGAAGCGGGCUCUGGAGAGGGACCAUGCAGCUCUUGCCGGGUCCCCGGGGGACAUGGACGGCAAACGGGUUAAGCUGGAGAGGGGAGAUGCAGCUGGAGCUCCCCUGGCUCUGGUGGGAUCUGGAGCUGAGGGCGUCAAGCUGAAGAGUGAGCAGGCUGCAAAGGUAGCAGCCAGCAUCCUAAAGGCUGGGGAAGUGAAGGCCACCAUCAAGGUGGAGGUGCAGACUGGAGACGAACCCGUUGACAUGAGCACAUCCAAAAGUGACAUAAAGAAGGAGAGGCAGCCACCAUCACCAGAUGAUGUGAUUGUGUUAUCAGACAACGAGCCAUCCAGUCCUGUCAUGAACGGCCACUGCUUCACAAAGACCGACACAGAUAAACUUAUGAAGAGUUCUCCUGGGGAGAGGGAGCGGAUCAUCAAGCAGCUGAAGGAAGAACUGAGACUCCAAGAGGCCAAACUGGUGCUGCUUAAGAAACUACGACAAAGCCAGAUCCAGAAGGAGAGCACUGUGCAGAAGGCGACCGGCUCUGUAGCCACUCCUCCUCCUCUGGUGAGAGGAAGCAUCACAUCAAGCAAAGGACCCCUCCAGGUGACAGGUCGUAGCUCAGGCACGGUGAUCCCUCCUCCAUUAGUGAGGGGUGGGCAACAUGUCCCGUCCAAACACAACUCUCAGAUUGUCAUGCCACCUCUGGUCAGAGGAGCCCAGCCUAUUGCAGUUACUCCUCAACAGAUAGCCAGUCUACGUCAGCAGCAGCAGCAGCACAGCGGCUCAGGCCCCCCUCCACUCUUGCUCGCUCCCAGGGCUUCUGUGCCCAAUGUCCAGGUCCAGGGCCAGAGGAUCAUUCAGCAGGGACUCAUUCGCGUGGCUAAUGUGGCCAACAGUAACGUCAUGGUCAACAUCCCUCAGGCCUCUCCGACCAGCCUAAAGGGCUCCUCAGUGUCACCCAACUCGGGCAUCAAUGAUUCUCCAGCCAGCCGGCAGGCGGCUGCCAAGCUUGCAUUGCGUAAGCAGUUGGAGAAGACGCUAUUGGAGAUACCUCCACCCAAACCUCCUGCCCCCGAGUUCAACUUCCUUCCCUCAGCAGCCAACAACGAGUUCAUCUACUUGUUGGGUUUGGAAGAAGUGGUGCAAAAACUUCUGGAGAUGCACGGCAGGGGUAAUCUGGGUCCAGCUGCUGCAAUGGCCAGUUCCAUUCCUAAAGAGCCAUACACCUGUGCCCAGUGUAAGACAGACUUUACCUCCCGCUGGAGAAAGGAGAAGGCUGGGACCAUCCUCUGUGACCAAUGCAUGUCGUCCAAUCAGAAGAAGGCCCUGAAGGCUGAGCACACCAGUCGGCUGAAGGCAGCCUUUGUUAAGGCACUCCAACAGGAGCAGGAGAUUGAACAGCGAAUCCUCCAGCAGGCGGCAUCUUCUUCCUCCUCUGCCUCCCCUGUCUCUAAAACCUCCUCGUCCUCCUCUCCCUCACUGUCCAAGAGUGAGGUGCUGGUGUCUCAGCAGUACAAGCAGGUCAGGGCUGCCAUGCAGCACAGACCUGUGUCUGCCCACCACUCCAUUAAGCAGAGUCAGCUGUCACACAACAUCCAGUCUGCAGUGAGGUCUCGUGGUGUGGUCCACACGUUCCCCUCUUCCUCUCAGCUGCAGAGUGCGGUGACAGCAGCAGCGCUGGGCAGCAGGCCAGGUAAGCAUGCUGCAGCACGCCCGUUGCAGCAGGGGGCAAAGGUCAGCGCCGGCGGCAGCAGCAGCAGUAACCAGGGCAACGUGGCUGCCUGGAGGAAGCAGAGCAGUGGCAAUACAGGUGUGACUAUGGCCUAUGUGAACCCCAGCUUGUCUGCCCAUAAGACCACCUCUGCUGUGGAGCGUCAGCGAGAGUACCUGCUGGACAUGAUUCCCUCCCGUUCUAUCUCCCAAGCAGCCAACACAUGGAAAUAAUGCAAUCUUACUCUCCUGAUACCAUAACAAUUACCCCUCUUAAUAUCAAUAACAGCCAUUCACAUUAUCAUUCUAAUUCUUUCUAUGGAUUUCUAUGCCUCUGGCCAAAAUGGUGCAGGGGAGAAUCGCUCUCUCUCUCUUUUUUUUUUUCUUUUUUUUUGUGGGAAGGAGGUGUCCCUCCAUCUCCUCCUCAGAUCUUUCUGCUACCAUCUUCCUUACCUGAGUCCUUCAUCCCAAAUUGGAGUUGUGCUGCAAUAGCUUGGGCUUCUGGGAUGCGAGGAGUUCAUCAAAUAGAAUUUGGGUACCUUUCUGAGGGUUGGGGUAAACAUAGGCGUAUACAAUUUUACAAACUUCUCCAGUGAUGUUGCCUCUCCCUCCCUGUAUAUUGGUUGACCCUCACAGUUGUACCAAGAGGAAGUUGCCACACUAUCCCUGUGCUCCCCCGCCUCUGGAUUAGGCAGGGAAAGAAUAAUAAUCACUAUUAUACACAAUAAAAUAUUCGCCUUACGUCCUGCCCCUCUCCAGUCUGAGCCAGUCAGACUCAGGCCCAUGUGGUGGCCGAACCGAACUUAAGUCAAGACCUCAUCACAGGGAUUGUGGUGGAGCUUCAAGGACCAUCCACAAAAUAAUAAGAACUGCUUCAGCUUUGCAAAAAUGAAUAGAAUAAAAAAAAGACUGUAAAAAAUGAUCUCUAUCUGCACACAGACUGCCUCUUCUCUCUAACCAACGCUGUGUAUAGUAGAGAAGUUGACGUGUGUUGGAUAAUUUUGUAUGGCUGAAUGUUAGGAUUUUGUCUUUUCUUCUGUAAGUCAUAUACUGUGUUUGGAAUAUUGUGCUCCCUGAUACUUUGGAAGUGGCCUCUUGUCGAGGUCUGAAUUUACAGGCUAAUGUUACUGUUGAGGUGGUUUUACAUCUGCUGGGUUCCAUGUUGUGGCCUACUUUUAAAUACUUUGUUUUUUCUAAGAUGAAGAGGAAGAAUAAAGAUUCAAGGUUUCACUGACUCAUGUAAAAACACGGAGCAUAUGUUUGGAGUACUAUUCUUAUUGAAUAUUGAAGAAAAAAAAAAAACUUCCAAAGAACUAGUGGAGCCCAAAUGGAAUCCCUUCUGCUAGAAGGUUUCUAGUUUAUUUGAACCCUCUCUGGAUAUAAACAUGAAUUCAUGCUAAACUGAGGGGGUGUAAGGAAUGUCAUAUUUUUGACAUUGUUUUGCUUUUAGUCAUAGGUUGUGGUGCAUUAUUUUUCUUCUAUAGACAAACUGUCUCUGGGUUUAUUUAUAGGGUCAUGUUAGUAAAGAUAUAUGCUUAUGCCCUAAGUUUGAAUGGAUCUCCACAUACAAUGAUUUGUUUUCUCUUGUGUGUCCAGUGGCUCCCACUCACCCUACGAUUGGUCUGAGAGAAGCUGGACAGCUUUCAGAAUGUAGUUAUGCAAAAACCCCUAUAGCAACAAAUGACAUGAACUUCUUAGUCUUUAACAUUAAGGUGUGUAUGAUUUAUGUCAGGUCCUUGAAUUGAGCUAACUAUGCCUUUCACAUGAGCUAUAGUGCAUUUUUUUAUCAGGUUGCAGCAGCACAGGAUAAGCUAGUGAUGUACAAUAUGUCCUACAUUAAACAGGGGGAAUCUGCAUUGCUCAUGGAGUUAAGUUAUUUAACAACCAUGUGCUGUCUUCUUUAAUUUCAGUCAAUGGGGUGGUCCAGUUUCUUUCACUCUACCACUCAUGUCUACCAAUGGUGUCAUAUUAAUGUGGUCUAUUGGAAAGUGUCACUAAAUUAAAAAAUAUAAAAUAUUGACAUUUAAGCAGUGAAAAAGUGUACCGUUAACAAAAUCUGGAUGUUUAGCAAGCCAUAUGUUAAAAAACAAACCUAAUUCACAAAAGAGGCUGAUCACCCCCCCACCCCACCCCCAGAGUUAUUUUCUCAGUAUCCCAUAUAUGUCCAUUUUUGUCCUUUUCACAUUAAAACAGUAGUGUUGAAUAUCUCAUCACUGUGUAUUUACAAACCUGGAGUCUUGCUGUCCUGUUGUCUCAGGCUUGAUUUCAUCCAUGAUGUGAUAAUCUAAUGUGACAUUGUAAGGAUUUGUGUCCUGUAUCCAGAGUGCACUCAUUAGCUCACUGAUCAUUGUCAAGCUCCAUUCUGAAAGAUGGUGCACUGCAUUAGGUAAAUGGGUAUCAGUUGAAGCUUACCCCCCUGUCCUGGGGUAUCAUCACUGUACACGUGGGUUUCAUUUAGGAUGGUGCAACAUACAGUAUGUGCAUUGCUGAUAGAAAUACAAGCAUACAAAGUUUGAUUUAAAUUGCUUGAGAUUUUGUGUUUCUGUCUCAAAGUAGCAUUGGAAAUCUUCCAGGUUGUCUGUACAUUCCUGACAGGCAGAAGGUAGCAGCCCGCGUCUUGUGGAUGCAAAAUAAGCAAUCUGGAAUGAGCCCAUCAUUUUGUGCCCUGCUAAGUGUAACCCUGUGCUGUCCUGACUACUGCCUGCUGCUGCUGCUGCUGUUUGACAACAAUAUCACCAUUCCGUUUGUUUGGGGUUGAAACGCUGCUAAAAGGCAGUGCAUCCCAAAUGGAAAAGAAAAUGUAU